CAAACCCAAACGGUGUCGCUUGGCCUGCGCAAUUGGCAGAGGAAACGGAGUUGUUGUAGGUGGCAUCUUGGCGUAUGGUUGAAGAAUCUUGGUUAACGUCAAAAUUACUUGCGACUCUAACCAAUCUGGCCUUUGUCAUCAUCAAUUUUAAUUGAUUAUUGACAGAGGAUGGGUAGCGAAGAAAUGAAUUUGAUGGAGAACGAAGGGGGGAAUCGUGGAAAGGAAGGGAAAGGGAGAAGGCUGUGGAAGAAGGUGAAGUACCAGCUGGUGGAGUACCACUCCUUGCCUGCCUAUUUGAGAGACAAUGAAUACAUUCUCGGUCAUUAUCGCUCUGAAUGGCCCCUCAAGCAGGUUUUGUUUAGCAUCUUCACCAUCCACAACGAAACUCUCAACGUUUGGACGCAUUUGAUUGGGUUCUUCAUAUUUCUGUCAUUGACCAUAUACACUGCCAUCAAAAUUCCAACGGUUGUAGAUCUUAAUUCGUUACAGCAUUUGCCUGACAUGCUCAAGAAGGCUGACCUGCAAAAGUUACAAUUAGAACUCUUGACGUGCCUCCCUUCCAUGCCUGAUUUGCACAGACUCAGGGAGGAAAUCUCAAGCUGGCAUGUUAAAGAACAUCUGUAUAAUUGUCUGCCUGGAAGAUUUUCGGGUAGCAAUCAUACUGAUGUAUGUGUUCUGCAUAGCGUAAAAGAGGACCUGGCGAACAUAAUUGCACCACUUUUGAUUAGACCAAUUACAAGGUGGCCAUUCUUUGCAUUUUUAGGGGGUGCCAUGUUUUGCUUGCUAGCUAGCAGUAUUUGCCAUCUCCUCUCGUGUCACUCUGAGCGCAUGGCAUACAUUAUGCUCAGGCUCGACUACGCUGGAAUUGCAGCUCUGAUAUCUACCUCUUUCUAUCCUCCAGUAUAUUACUCUUUUAUGUGUUAUCCAUUUUUCUGCAACCUUUACUUGGGAUUUAUCACUGUAUUGGGUAUCGCCACCAUCUGCUUUUCACUACUCCCAGUGUUCCAAAAUCCAGAAUUCCGCACCAUCCGAGCAUCUCUCUUCUUUGGAAUGGGAAUGUCUGGUGCAGGACCUAUUCUGCACAAGCUUUUUCUAUUCUGGGGCCAGCCAGAAGUGUUUCACACAACCGGCUACGAGAUUCUGAUGGGUGCACUCUAUGGAAUUGGAGCACUGGUUUAUGCCACUAGGAUUCCAGAACGAUGGAUGCCUGGGAAAUUUGACAUUGCCGGACACAGUCACCAAUUGUUUCAUGUAUUGGUGGUGGCUGGGGCAUACGUUCACUAUCGGGCAGGGUUAGUUUAUCUCAGGUGGCGUGACCUUGAAGGUUGUGGAGUCAAUGAGCUAUGAACGGAUCUGUGGUUGAAUACUCUUCUAUUAUAUAAUUGGUAAGUAAGUAUACAUGCACCCCUCUUAACUGAUGUGAAUUUGUGAUUCCAGUAAGGAGUAAGGGGUGUUUAUGCAAUUAUAGGCAUUACGUACACACUUAGAACCCUCAGCACAAGUAAACUAGUAGUAGGCCAUAAAAAAAUCAUUUGGUCGUGUGGAAACCACAUGAUAUAUAAUGUAGUCAAUGAAAUUUAGGAUCUAUUGGAUUUCAGAUAGACUGCAGCAGUUAAAUAUGCUAAAAAAAUUGUUUAUGAUAUAAUUCCUUUUGAAUUCUUUUUA